AUGAAGAGCACAAAGUAUUUGAAGAAACAGUUCAAAAGAGCUUCUCUCUGGACUUUAGCGCCUUUGGCCCCGCACGUCUGGACCCCGCACCUCCACGCGCCCCGCACGUCUCCCCGCUCCUCCUCGCGCUCCGCACCGAUGCGUGCGUGGCGCGUGUCCGUCCUCGCGUGCUUCGUGGCGGGGUGCGCGCUCCUCCUGUGCCCGCGCGUGCACGGCUGCGGCCCGGGGCGCGGGUACGGGAAGCGGAGGAACGCGCGGAAGCUCGCGCCGCUCGCGUACAAACAGUUUUCCCCGAACGUGGCGGAAAAGACGCUCGGCGCGAGCGGCAAGUACGAAGGAAAAAUCACGCGCAGCUCCGAGCGAUUCAAAGAACUGACCGCGAACUUUAACCCGGACAUAAUCUUCAAAGACGAAGAGAACACGGGCGCCGACCGCAUGAUGACGCAGCGCUGUAAGGACCGGCUGAACUCGUUGGCGAUCUCGGUGAUGAACCUGUGGCCCGGCGUGCGUCUGCGUGUGACCGAGGGCUGGGACGAGGACGGCCAUCACUCCGAGGAGUCGCUCCAUUACGAAGGACGCGCCGUCGACAUCACCACGUCCGACCGCGACCGCCACAAGUACGCCAUGCUCGCCCGCCUGGCCGUGGAGGCGGGAUUCGACUGGGUUUACUACGAGUCCAAGGCCCACAUCCACUGCAGCGUCAAGUCAGAUCACUCGGUCGCCGCCAGAUCUGGAGGCUGUUUCCCCGGCGACGCCCUGGUCACCACGGAGACGGGACUCCAAAAGCCGCUGCGUGACCUCCGACCUGGCGACCGCAUCCUGGCCCCGUCCCGUGAUCCACACGGCCGACCGGAGCUCAGCCAAGUCCUGGCGUUUUUGGACCGAGAUCCUGAGGUUUUCCAGGUGUUUUAUUCCCUCCAAACUGAAGCCGGGGCUGAACUGGUGCUGACUGCGGCGCAUUUGGUGUUUGUUGCCGCGGGAAACUGCACAGAGGGGGCGGAGUCUGCCGUUAGAGACUUGACCACGGCAUUUGCCAGUGAGGUGCAGGUCGGGCAGUGCGUUUUGGUCCAGGAAGAACAAAGAACGCGGAUUUCUCGAAUCAAAAACAUAAAAUUGGUGAAACGUAAAGGAAUCUAUGCGCCGCUCACCGAACACGGGACGCUCCUGGUGGACGACGUGGCGGCUUCCUGUUACGCGGCGCUGAAUCGGCACAGUUUGGCGCAUCAGGCUUUCGGUCCGUUACGAUUUGUGCACCGGUUUACGGGGAUUACGGGACAGAAUGAGCGAGGCGUCCACUGGUACGCACAAAUGUUGUACUGGUUUGGAAAUAUGUUCAUGGAGCCGAGCAGCUUCCACCCGAUGGAAACGACUUAACGCCAAAGCUGAACGAUCUUAUCCAGGCUGGUGCCACCGACUGCCUCCGCUCAGUUUCAUUUCUCUCCAGCGACUAGGUCAGGAAUCAGAACCCAGGAAGUGCGAGUUCGGGCACCAGCCAAUCAGAGAUGAGACAGACAUUCUGUGUUGGCGACGAUUCCCCAGAUCCCCGAGGAUUUAAAACUGGAACAAAGAGAAUGUUUGGUGAAUUUUAUCUCGGGGAAAGGCGUUAUUGUUCUUCUUCCUACAGGAUUUGGAGCUUUACAAACGUCACGAACAAACAGCAGCGACUGGUUCAAUAAAAAAAGUCCCCGCCUCCUGUCGAGUGAACGAAUCCUAAAGCUGUGAGGUCACACGGUUUACACCAAGUGAAACCGGCUCAUGAAACAAACUAGAAUGAUCUGUUGUUUUGGACAGAUUUUAGGAGCGUCAAAGCCUCGUUUUUUUGCAGUGCUCCUAAAGUCUAAUUUAUGGAGUUAUGGAUUUGUGUUGAGGUUUAUGCGCCGCGAAGUGAUUCACCGCCACAACACCAGGAAGUGACGAUUUAAACAUUGUGUUUAAGUUUAACAUGAACCAUCUCCAACAUGACAGAAACACAGAACAGACUCACCAUCAGCAGAACAUCCUCUGUCACAGAGAGAACACUCAUAUUCCACUGAGUCGUGUCCUACAGCGCCAGUCCACACCACAACGUUUUUUGGUCAAAACAGUGAAGUUUUGAUUCACUUGGGCCUUUUGUCCACACAGAGUCGGUGUUUUUUGAGGUUCCAGAGUUGUCGUGUGGACAAGCAAACAGGGUUUUGGAAAACGAUGACGUCACGACCCGCUGCAGCCGUCGAACUCGCCUCCGUGGACCACAAGAGCCAAAGAGCCGAAAUGUGACUUGUGGAAUGUGGGGAUCUCGUCUCAAACUGGAAAAACCGAACUGGAGACUGAAGGUGAACUCACGUGUUUGGACGCCGCGUUCUGAGCUCUGGACUAAAGCCUGGAUCAGUUUGAUUUAUUUUAUGUUGCUGCUCAAAAAGGAUUUAAUUUAUUACAAAUGUGGAGAUUCUGAAACUGCUGCAGUGACUAAAGGCUUUUCUUUGUUUCGUUUCUGCAUAAAAAAAAAACUGUGAG